AUGGGCUCCAGUGUACCAACCGACUUCCGGCCCCGGAUGCUGAUCAACGGCGAGCUCGUUGAGGCAUCGGACAAGAAGACCUUUCCCCUCUACAACCCGGCAACGCGCGAGAAGGUCGCGGAUGUUCCCGCAGUCCCCGAGGCCACUGAGGCCGAUACCAAUGCCGCGGUCGCCGCCGCCAAGGCCGCAUUCCCGGCCUGGUCGGCGCUCGACCCGGCCAAGCGAGGCACUUACCUCAAGAAACUCGCCGACCUGCUGCGCCAGCACCACGAUGAGCUCGCCCACCUCGAGGCGAGCUCCAUGGGCCGCCCCGUCGACAUGUACUUCGAGACCUUUGCCGCCGCCGGCAACUACGACCACUACGCCGAGUCGUGGCCGCACAUCCAGGGCCAGGCCAGCGUCAACACGCCCGGCCACGUCACCAUGACCCUGCGCCAGCCCUACGGCGUCGUCGCGGCCAUCAUCCCCUGGAACGUGCCCAUCCUGUUCUUCUCCAACAAGACCGCCCCGGCCCUGAUCGCCGGCAACACGGUCGUGCUCAAGUCGAGCGAGAAGGCGCCGCUGACCUCCGCCAGGGUCGCCGAGCUCAUCGUCGAGGCCGGCUUCCCGCCCGGCGUGUUCAACGUCAUCUCGGGCCACGGCCUGCCCAGCGGCUCCGUCCUGUCAUCACACAUGGAUGUCCGCGCGCUCUCCUUCACCGGCUCCGGCCGCACCGGCCGCCUCAUCCAGGAGCAGGCGGCCAAGUCCAACCUCAAGAAGGUCAUCCUCGAGCUCGGCGGCAAGACCCCCGCGCUCGUUUUCUCCGACGCCAACAUGGACAAGGCGGUCGAGCAGACGACGCACAGCAUCCAGUGGAACAGCGGCCAGGUCUGCAUGGCCAACUCGCGCAUCUACGUGCAGAAGAGCGCCGCGUCGGCCUUUAUCGAGGCCUUCAAGGCGCGCUUCGCCAAGGUCAAGGCCGGCAACCCCCUCGAGAAGGGCAUCGACCACGGUCCCCAGGCCGACGAGGUGCAAUACAACUCGGUCAUGGCGUUCAUCGAGGAGGGCAAGAAGUCGGGCACCCUGGCCCUCGGCGGCAAGGGCAACCUCGAGUCCAUGAACGGCUACUUUGUCGAGCCGACCGUCUUCCUCGACACCCCCGAGGACGCGCGCAUCAUGAAGCAGGAGGUCUUUGGCCCCGUCGUGCUCAUCAACACCUUUGAGACCGAGGCUGAGGCCAUCCAGAAGGCCAACGACACCGAGUACGGCCUGUACGCCGCCGUCUACACCAAGGACAUCAGCCGCGCCAUGCGGGUUGCGCAGGCCCUGGAGAGCGGUUAUGUCGGCGUCAACUGUACCAGCCCGGCGACGGCCAGGGACCUGCCGUUUGGCGGUUACAAGCUGUCGGGCCAGGGCCGCGAGGGUUGGCUGCACAGUCUCGACAACUUCCUCGAGACCAAGAGUAUCAUUAUUCAGCUGGACUCGGACGACGCUGCUGCCAAGCUGUGA